CCACAUUUGUGUUAUUUUCUUCGCUAAAAAACGACGUGUACAAGUAUUUACGAAAGUAAUUAGAAAUGGUGAAUUCGAAGUUUGUUCUUUUAACUAUUUGUGCUGUAUGCGCAUUCUUUUCACUACCAAAUGAGUCGUCAGCUUAUGGUGGAACUACUGCGCUCAGUGGUGACGAAUUGAAAGAUGCUGUAGGUAUUCUUGAGACAGCUUUAAGCAAAUUGAGUACAGGAGAUGGUACAAGUUAUAAGAUUUCAAAUGUGGACUCAGCUAGCAAGCAAGUAGUGUCUGGUAUUCUUUACAAGUAUAAUGUGGAUCUCACUGAUAAAGAUGAGAAUUUAAGGAAGUGCAAUGUUCAAGUCUGGACGCGACAAUGGUUGAAAAACGGUAAUCAAGUUACCAUCGAUUGCAGGGGUGCGAAAGUGCUUAAGUUCAAUUCUUAAAACUGCCAAAUAUACUGAAUGAUACUGGGACACAGCUUUACUAAAAUAGCAAAUAAACUAAUAUCUCACAUGAAACAAUCUCAAA